ACAACAACAAUAAUAAUACUGAUCAUCAUCGUCGUAAAUUAUUUUAGAGAGAUUUUAAAAAAUAGAAAAUUUUAAAAUAUGGAUUAUUUAAUUUAGAAAUUGGAAUGAGAAUGAAGGGGAUGAUCCGUUGAUUGGAAGUUCAGUGCAGGAAGCAAGCUCUUAAAGCCAGGGCGGUCGUUAACGUUAUAAUAAUAUCUUCACCUCUUCCCGCCUUUCUUCUUGUUCUUCUUGUUCUUCUUCUUCAAUCUCGUAUAAAUCUACUAAUCUUCUUUCUUUUCCCUCUGUUCUCUUCUUUGAUUGAAAAUUCCAUUAUGGGUUCAACGGAGGAUCGAUCGGAGAUUGCCUUCUUUGACGUCGAGACCACCGUUCCCACCCGCCAAGGCCAGAGAUUUUCAAUUUUGGAAUUUGGAGCCAUUCUGGUGUGCCCUAGGAAGCUGGUUGAGUUGGAGAGCUAUUCCACUCUCGUUCGACCUUCUGAUCUCUCGCUCAUUUCCUCCUUAUCGGUGCGAUGCAAUGGCAUUACUAGAGAUGCCGUCAUUUCUUCACCUACUUUCGCCCAAAUUGCUGAUAGGGUUUACGAUAUCCUUCACGGGCGGAUAUGGGCAGGCCAUAACAUACUCAGAUUUGACUGUGCACGAAUAAGGGAGGCUUUUGCAGAAAUUGGGGUCCCAGCACCGGAGCCAAAAGGUACAAUUGAUUCAUUGGCAUUGUUGACUCAAAGGUUUGGAAGGAGAGCUGGCGACAUGAAGAUGGCUACUCUUGCUUCCUAUUUUGGAAUAGGACAACAAACACACAGGAGUUUGGAUGAUGUCAGGAUGAAUCUUGAAGUUCUAAAGUAUUGUGCAACUGUCUUGUUUCUGGAAUCAAGUCUACCCGAAGUUUUCCGAGAGAACAGUUGGGUUUCUCCAAAUGCUGUUACUAGGCGCCGCACUGCAAAAUCAUCUCCACAGGGGAAUAGUUCGAAUAAUGAUACUCACUCAUCAAGUUCAAGGAUUGGUGGUAAUCCCAUAUCUCUAUUAGAUCAAGGGGAAACUCAUCCGAUACUAUCCCUCGUAACUUGCAGCUCUGAGGAUGGAGCCUCAAAUCUGGCUGAAUCUAGAGCAACUGAAUCAGAUUCUUUUAACAUGCGCACUCUCAGCGACCAAAUAACUGGUGAAUCGCUCGAAACAGAUAUCAGCAUGGAAGAAGAACAUGCCACAGUAUCUACUGAAGCAUCUCCCUCAGAGGAUACUUCCACAAGUCUCAGCGCUACUACUGAAUUUUUGGAGCCUGAUCAGGUGUCUGUUUCAUUCAUCACUGCAUCUUUCGUUCCAUUUUUUCGUGGGAGCCAAAGAAUACAAUUAUCGCACAAAGAUGACUGUUUGCAGCUUCUUUGUAAUAAUCUGAGAGUUCGGUUUGGCAUAAGCACAAAAUUCACUGAUUACGCUGGCCGUCCAAAGUUGAGUUUCGUGGUUGAUGUACCACCAAGUUUAUGUACGGUUCUUGAAGCAUCUGAUGGCGUGGCUCAGAGAUUAUUCUCUGAUUCCGGGAGCGGGUCUGAAUGGAGGCCUGUGGUGAUGAGAAAGAAUGAUUAUUUCAACUACCCGACAAUGAGAUUACACAUUCCAACUGCAGUAAGUGGAGAUGUGGCGAUUUAUGCUACAGAGAUGUACCAAAAAGAAUCAUCAGGCGCUGCACAAAGGCUGAUAUUCAGUAAAUUCGAUGCUGCAGAGCUUGAUAGCUUGAUCAAACCUGGAGCCAUCUUAGAUGCAUUCAUUUCCUUGGAUACAUAUGACUAUCAACAGAGUGCAGGCAUAAGAUUGGUAGCUAAAAGGUUGAUCAUCCAUUCCUAGUAAUGGGUGAUCAAGUUGUCCCAUUAUUGAAGUAGCAGUGAAUACUGAUGUUAUGUUAUAUUAUAGUUAGCUUGCUGACUAACAUUCAAAUUUCCAAUUAGAAUAAUACUAAAUUGAUACAAGCUCCCGGUUCUUUGAAAGAUCAUUCAGUUAUUUGUGUUUCUAA